GUUUUUAAAAACUUGAUGGUUACAAUUUUGCAUAAUAAUGCUGUCCUGUGUUUACACUUGCAUUGUGACCGGAAAAACGAGUUGUUUAGCCCCCACCCUUCACCUCCUCCUUCUCUCCUGCACUUCACUUCUCUGUUCAUCUGCUCAUUUCUUGCUCCACUAUGGAAUAGACACAAUGAACCUGAGCAGGUUGCUCCAGAGAAGCUCAGUGACAGCGCUGGAAGUUUGUGGAGUCUCAUCACCGAGAGUCACCACAGAUUAAUAGACCUGCAGAAAGAGACAGAACGGGAGAUUUCACACGUCAGUCAACAAUUGACGUCAGUGCGACUGCAGAAAAAGGUCCUGAAUUGUGAGACAGCAGGCUCCGAGAUUCUACAAUCUGAUUCUGAACAUUUGCAGAGAAGCGUAACAUCCGAGAUCAGCAUUUGUUGUUCUGGGCACAAGUGUGACCUACAGCAGUGUUUUGUGGGUAAGGUAGCACACGCAGAGCAGCUUCAGUUUCGUGAGCAGGCCCUCAUCGCCCUGCUGAGCAUGCUUGGGGAAAACAUCCAGAGAUACAGAGAGGAAAGCACUAAACUUGACCACCUGACCGAAAAACUGAGUUACGGAAUGCCAGGGAAGAGUCAGCCGGACAAAAAUAUGGAAACAGACAACAAAGACAUGUUGAGUAGCUCAAAAAAUACAGCCAUACUUUCAAACGGACAUGUCAACGUAGCAAGCGAUAACUUGGAGGACGAGAAGAAGAACUGGAGAGCCAGUAUGAGGGCAUCAUUGAUGAAAGCGACUAGUCUUACACGAUCAGGAAGUGUGAAAAAACUCAUCCACAAGUUCUCCGUAUCUGAGAGCAGUGAGCAGGAUACAACUAAUGUUUCUCCAUUACAACAAAGAAAAGACGGAACAGGAGAUGCAACAGAGAGCGAAACUCCCACUGUAACAGUAACUUCGCCAUCUGGAGAGUCAAAGAAUGUUUCCAAUGGUCCCAAUACACACUCGCACUCUGGCCAGUUUAAUCAAGAGAAUGGACCGACAAGCCUAGAGUCUGAGGAGGAACCACUUACCCCCAAAGCCAUCAACAGCCCAAAGUACCAGAUGUUCCUAGGGUCUGGUCCGAUCAGAAAUGGUACGAGUGGACCAGGUGGACCCACUGACACCAGCACUAGUGCUAAUGGAAAUCUUUCCAAAUCAAAUUUGUCCCAGUGGAGAUCUAUGGAAUCACUGUCUAUGAAAGAAUGGGACAGUGGUCCCAACAAGUUUGGCAAUGCUGAUGCUCCUCCCAGAGUUUUUAACAGCCCAUACUCCACCAUUUCGCUGGACUACAACCCUGUAGGCCGAAUGUCCGAAUACAAGAUGCCAGAGAACAGGUCUCCAACUACAUCUGAGAAGAAUUUAUACACUAUGAACCGAAGCCCAAGUCCUGUGAACGUCAUUAAUGCUCCCCAAGGACGAUUCCCAGCCUAUGCCACUCUCGGCCGGAGACCGAUGCAGCAAGCUCCUCCAUCACAAUUCUUGCUGAGGAACAAUUUGCCCAGCAAACGGGAUUACAUUGAAGAGCUGACCAGACAGCUGGAGGAAUGUCAGAGAAGGAACCAGUUUCUGGAGGCCGAAAGCAUUGAGUUGGAGAAGGAAAGGACCCAGAUUCGUUUUGAGAUGCGAAAUCUGCUGGUGAAUAACGAGGAUCUGCUGCGCAUGAACUCACAGCUCCAGGCAGAACUGAAGAGGAUGAGAGACAGAAUUGUUGAACUUGAGAGUGACAAUAAUGUGAUGGUGGAACGUUUCAAGCAGAUCGAUGUGGAACUAAAAGAGGCUCGAGAGGUUAUGGUGGAAGCAAACACUCAGGAAUAUGCCUUUAACUUCCUACAACAGUCACUCAAAAACAGAAUCCAAGAUGCAGAGGAGACCCUGGAGAAGCAGACCCAGCAUGUUCAGGAGCUAACUGAAAAACUGUGGUUGGCUGAAAGGAAUCUGGAGGAGAUGGAGAUUGAAAAAGAAACCAAGGGAAAGAAAUCAGUGGAGCUCAAGAGCACUGUAGAUAGACUGGAGACUGAGUUGUCAGAGGCUCUGCAGCAGGCAUCUCAGUCGACUGCUGACUUGAAUCUACAACAGAAACUCCGAGUAGAUGCACAGCUGAGAGUCGAGGAGCUGGAGGAGUGUGUGUUGGAGAAAGAUCAGGAGCUUAUACGCUUGCAGCAGAUCGUCAGCCGCCUACAGGGAGAGGUUUCAGAUAAAUUGAUGGAUAAGGAGCGGUCUCUAGAGGAUGAGAUCCAACUGAGGGAGAAAAUACAACUUCAGUGUAAACAGGCUGAGAGAGCAGUAGAAGAUAUACAGAUGGAGCUGAACACAGUCACACAGACCAGAGACGAUCUGAGCAAACAGCUUAAACAGACACAGGAAAAUGUGAUUGAUCUGGAAACUGACCUGGAGGAGCUGAAGGAGAAUGAGCAAAGGCUAAUCUCCAAACACAAGAGAGCAGUGGAACAGUUUGAACAGACGCAGGUGAAACUGAUAAAUGAGAAGGACCUAAACGAUAAAUUGGAGUGUGAGAAAGUGAUCCUGGAGAGACAGGUUCGAGAGCUUCGUAGUGAAAUCGAGGAGCUGCAGAAUAACAGAGUUCAGGAACAUGUGAUCACUAAAGCAGAGACCAGAGCUAAAGAACUGGAGAAUAUGCUGAGAAUGGAGGAGAGAGGUAAAGUGGUGCUGCACAACACCAUCAGUAAGUUGGAGAGGAAAAUUAAUGAACUGAGUGAGCAGGUGGAGGAGGAGCACAAGAUCGCCAAUGAGCAGAAAGACCUGAUGACUCAGAGAAUGAGAUCUCUGAAGAGGCAGCUGAAUGAGGCAGAGGAAGAGGCGAGUCGUCGUGAGGCUCAAUUCAGAUACACACAGCGAGAGUUGGCAGAGGAAAGAGAGUGCAGUUCUCGGUUACAGAAACAGCUGCUUGACAUGCAGCUACAGAUGAAGAGAAAGGAGUCAGUCAUGAUGAGGCAAACUUUGGAUAACUUAAAGCUGGACUUGUCUGAUGAUGACGAGGAGGAAGGAAAACAAGAAGUAAAGACAUUUCAAGCCAGAAAUGAGAAAGACAAGACUACACAAUGAACGGAGAUAGAUGGUGAAUGUAAAUGAUAAAUAUAAAUACAGGCUGCAAAAAUAUUUACCGUACACAAAACUCCAGCAAAACAAAUGUUUAUCCUUUUUUUUUCUUUUUAAAGAAAAAGACAUUUAAUACACAUUAACUUUAAUACCUGGGAUCUAACCAAUCUUUGUACCUGGGGAAGGAAACUGUUUGUUGGUGGGUUAUUUUUUUUAAUAAUCAACAGUGUUUUAAGUCUAGACAAUAAGCUUAACUCUAAGUCUGCUAAAUGUUUUGCAGGGGUUAAGAGGUGAAUAAGUUCUCGCUACCAAACAUAUCACACAAGGUGAUCUUCGUCAUAGAGCACGGUGCAUGUCGUGCACUGUUUAUUUUUUAACUGUAUAGAGGAAAGUCUUUAAACUAUUUAAUUGAAUUGUUUUUCCUUUCUUUUUUUCUGUGUUCAAGGUGUACAUGCUCUAAGAAUAAUGUAAAUACAUUUGUGAACAUAA